UCUCCCUGGUCUGUGACUUACAUGUACUGUACGACAUUAAAUCAUUCAACACCAACCUCUCCUAUAUCUUGAUACCUUAUCAGGGUAGGUAUCCUCUUUCUCUUUCUUUCCCCCCUUUCCCCCCUCUUCUGUUCCUAACUCAUCUUUCCUCAUAACUAUUACUCAUUGUUCAUAGACGAGUAUGGAUUCAGGAAAGGGCGAGCUACCACCGUAUAGCGCCGUGGUGGCUCCAGAUUGGCGCAGGCGCACAUCUGUACGGCGUUCGCGGGCUCUCAAGUUCAUUGCUGUAACAUGCCUUGUAUUUAUUGUUUAUGCACAAUGGCGACAAAUAAAAUCAAACACCAAAGGCCCCUCCGUAUCUCGACUUUCAAUUGAGAAAUUGAAUCAAGAUCUGCAGACAUGCUCAAAGCUACGUUCUAAGCCGCAAGAUCCUAUCGGCUUGGGCCGAGAGCGAAAUGCACGCUACGUCGAUGGACAUAAGCCUACUCUAAUCAAGAAUGCUACCAUUUGGAUCGGCGAGCCUAUUGAAGGGACGAGCGACAGUGACGCGCACACUGGGAAGGGUUUCUCGUGGAUCAAUGCUGAUGUGCUGUUGGAAUACGGCCUCAUCAAGGAAGUCCGAAAUGAUAUUGAUGCCAGCACACUUCCAUCCGAUACACUUGUUUGGGAUGCCAAAGGUCGUCAACUUACCAGUGGCAUUAUCGAUAUGCAUUCGCACGCUGGAGUAGAUAGCUUACCCGAACUGGUUGGAAAUCAAGACACGAAUGAGAUGGGUUCUAACAUCACUCCGUAUGUGCGUUCUAUUGAUGGAAUAAACAUAUUCGAUCACCAAAUUCAGGUAAUCAAGUCGGGCGGAGUAACGACAAGUUUGGUCUUACCGGGCUCCAGUAAUAACAUUGGUGGUGAGGCUUAUGUGAUAAAGCAUGCCGUGGGGAAGCCAGACGGUCGGAAUGAGACCUCCAUAGCAGACCUAUUGGCUGAUCCAGAACGCAAUUGGCGAUAUAUUAAAAUGGCUUGCGGUGAGAACUCCAAGCGCACCUACGGCAAAGCUGGCGAACGUGGGCCUACUAGUCGAUUAGGCGAGUCGUGGGAGUUUAGACAUGCUUUUGAACAAGCUGCUAAGCUGCGCCAGGCCCAAGACGACUGGUGUACCCUAGCCGAAUCUACCGGUGUUGAUCAGAUGGAUGGCUAUUUGCCACAGGAAUUGGAAUGGGAAACAGUAGUUGCAAUCCUACGCGGACAGGUCCAUGUCAAUACGCAUUGCUACACCGUUCCUGAUUUAGAGGCCUUUGUCGACCAUACCAACGAAUUUAAAUUUCCCAUCCGUGCCUUUCACCAUGCACACCAGACAUUCCUCGUCCCCGAAGUCCUCAAGCGCGCUUAUGGGGAUUCUCCUCCUGCUUCAGCUUUAUUCGCCGAUAACAUGUGGUACAAGGCUGAGGCAUACAUCGGAUCGGAAUAUGCGGGCAAAGUGUUGUACGAAAAUGGGUUGACCCCUAUCUAUGUUAGUGACAACCCGGUGCUAAACGCCCAGCACGUCGUCUUUGAGGCUGCAAAGGCAUUUGGAUACGGCUUACCCUACCAUGCCGCCUUGGCAUCAGUUACGACAGCGCCAGCUGAGAGACUAGGCCUUGGAGAACGACUCGGAAAAGUCAAGCCUGGGUUUGACGCUGAUAUCGUCGUAUGGGAUAGUGACCCGCUAAGUGUUGGAGCUGCACCUGUCCAAGUGUGGAUUGACGGAACCGCGCAGUUUGAUAACCCUGUUGAGCUGAACAAGUCCUCCGACCUAUCAAACAUCAAGCAGGAGGUACCUGCUACUACUGAAGAAAGCCUGGAUUUGAAGGAUGUGAUAUUUACGGGGAUAUCCAAAUCAUUUUUGCUGCCUGAGCUGCAACAGGACAUUUCCGGUCCGAACCUGACCGUAGCAGUCACAGGCGGUGAAAUUACUUGUAUAGGAUCUUGUCAAGCCGAGCUUGAGACGGCCGCCCAUUCUGGUACGAAAAUUAUUGCUCUCCAAAAUGGCUAUCUUGUCAAGCCUUUCACGAUAUUUGGCUCUACUCUUGGUCUCAAUGCUAUUGAUGCUGAGACAGACACUGAAAAUGGCGGUGGCCCUGAUAUUUUCAGCCGAGGUGUGGAUGGCCUCGCACUUGACACCAAGAAACUUCAUUACGCUAAGAAGUACGGCGUCACGAGAGCUAUCUCAGCACCCAAGUACUCUAGCCAGGCAACCCACCAGGGCACCAGUGUUGGGUUCCGCACGGGUGCGAAACAUACUUUGGAAAAGGGUGCUAUAUUCACCGAAGACGCUUCUGUGCACUAUACAUUGGACCUUGGCUCGAAGCGAGGUAGUACUUCACUCUCGAACGCGGCUAACACGCUACGUCACAAGCUUCUUGAAGCAAUCGAUGUGAACACAACGGCCACAGAUCCUUACACUGAGACGGUGUUCUUGUCCAAAGUAUUGGAUGGCUCCCUACCUCUUGUUAUCACGGUCCAUAGCGCUGAUACCAUUGCCACAAUACUAAAAGUAAAGGAGACCGUAGAGAAGGCUUUGAUUUCUUCCCGAGGUAGCGGGGGCAUUUCCCUUAUCCUCAUCGGUGGCGCUGAGUCCUUCUUGCUCGCUGAUGAGCUAGCUGCUGCUGGCGUGGGUGUGGUUCUCAAUCCGCUACUCUCGUAUGGGACCAGCUGGGACCAGCGGCGAGCAUUGACCGGUGCGCCACUCACGAACGGCACGGCAAUCAACCAACUAGCGGCUUCUCAGGUUGAGGCAGCCAUUAGUAUUGAAGAGGAUUGGCUUGUCCGCGAUGUUGGCUUAUUAGCGGGUAUUGCAUAUAAGAACAGCGGAGGCGCCCUUAGUGAGAAGGACGCGCUAGACCUGGUCUCAAGCAAUGUGUACGACUUGCUAGGGCUGAAAGAGAGCUAUGCUGCAAGGGAGUUUGUGGUGUUUGAGGGAAGUCCCUUGGAGAUCGGGGCGAGAGUAAGAGCAGUUGGUGAUGGUAUCGGCGAUGAGGUUACAGUGUAUGUGUAAAGGGUAUAAUGUGAUCUGUCGGGAGAGAUGCAAGUACUUGGAUAGGUACAUAUGGAAUGGUGAUAGUAGUCACAUAGUAGGAGUAACAUGCAUGUCUGUACUCCCCACCAUCAUGAAUUAUUGAUGUUUAAUAUCUUAGGCAUCUACCCUGUAAAUAUCCAAUUAGGGGAAGCGCAUAUCCAAACCCCGCAAUAUCACUG